AUGAGUAACCAAUCAAUCUAUAUAUCAAUGAAACUACCCAUGGAUGAUGAAUUAUAUAUUGUUGAUUUUCAUCCAAUAUAUGAUCGUCAGAAAGUUCAUUUUAUUACAACUUAUCUCUGUUCGAAACCAUAUACAGUAGAUGAAAAUUUUUGGUUUGACUAUCAACCAUGUUAUGACAUGGAUUCAUCAAUGAUCAUCUAUGAAUGGUAUUAUAACAUACCUGCUGUACAAUGGCCUGAAGUGGCUGGUUUUCGAGUAGGAACUAAUACACCAUAUCAAUAUAUUGUUAUUCAUAUACAAUAUUUUCAAUCUAUCAUAAAUAAUAUAUAUGGUGAACAAAUAACUAUGACUCGUACAAGACCAAAAUAUCAAAUAGGAAUUUAUCAAAUAGCAACAAAUUCAUUUGAUUUUCAAAAAAAGCAUGCUGAUUUUUCUUGUCAAUAUCAUUCAUCAUCAAUACAAAUAUUUUCUACUCAAUUAUAUUCAAUAUAUGAAGGUCUUAGUAUUUCAUUAUAUCGUGUACGAAAUCAUGAAUUACAAUCGAUAAUUAAAGGAAAUCUUCAUUGGCCUCAAACUUUUUAUCAAUUAAAAAAUUCAAUUGAUAUUAAAGCUAAUGAUUAUUUAAUUGGUACUUGUAUAUAUGAGCAGAAAUCUUCAAAAUAUCUUCGAUACGAUCGUUCUGAUGUAAUUUGUCAAAUAACAAUAAUGUUUUGGAUGGAACAAGAAGAUGAAAUACCAAUAGAACAGUGUUGGAAUAAUGAUUUUUCUCGAAUUUUUAAUCGUUACCUUCCAGAUAAUGCAAAUAUUCCACCACAAACAUUAUUUGAUAUUAAUCCAACAUAUCCAAAAUUAACACCAAAUCAAUGGGUAAUAAUGAAUAAAAAUAUAUCCAUAACAAUAUCAAAAUCGAUAAAUAAUAAUACAAAUAUAGUAUUUUUAACAUAUUCAAAAAUUAAUUUUCGUCAAGAAAUUAUUCGUCUUGUACGUAAUUAUUAUUCAUUACUUUUAAUUUCAAUAUUAAUAUUAACAGCGAUAAUCGGUUCGAUAAUAUUGAUUAUUAUAAUUAUUAGAAAUCCAUCAUGUCGACAUAAAAAAUAUUUCUUAAGAAAUAAAACUCAAUCAAAAGCUAUUGCAGUUGGAGGUGAAACAAGUUCAUUGAGUGAAUGGCUUACAAAACGACGAUUUCAACAAUAUGAUCAAGAUAAUUUUGAUCAUGUUGAAAGACAACCAUUAACAGAUAUACGUCGAUGGACUACAUCAAGUGAAGAAAGUGACUUGUCCGAUAAUGAAGUUUUUAGUUCAACUAAUUUUCAAAAUAUUAUACUUAAAAAUUGA